ACUUCGGGAUUUCCUCUUUCGCUCUGUGACAGCCUUAUUUACGUCACUGACAAGGAUUUAACUCUGACCACCAUGGAAGAUGUAACAUGUGAGAGAAUCAUGAAAAAAAUAGAUGCAGUUUUGAGUCAAGACACUCUGCUCAUGGGUGGCCAGGCUAGCAUCAUAUUCAAGUUGAGGGCUUGAGAGUGCUUUACAGCUGUGCUUUGUUUAGCACGAAGGAUAUAUUCCAAAGAGAUGAGUUUGACAUUGUCUUUUCCUUGGGGGAAGUAAACCGCUCUCCUGUUGUCCAUGUUGAACACAAGCUGGGUCUGGAGUCAUGGUGUGUCAAACAUGUCUAUGCUUAUGCAUAUGCCAAGAUCAUGGGAUCAAAGCAGACCAAAAGACGAGAGGAUCCUGCACAGGUACUUCGUUGGACCCAGUUCUGCCUUCUCAUUGCCCCAGAAGUUGCAACCUUUUGGAAUUUGCGCAAAGUUCUGCUGGGCCAGGGUGACCUGAGUGCCAACCUAGAGCUACACUUCACUAGGCUUAUUCUCUCACGAAAGCCCAAGUGUAUGGAGGUGUUCCAGCACCGUAAGUGGAUGUUUAAAAAUGUUAUAGCUAAGGUCAUUCCUCAGCAGGCAAAUGGGGCUAAUGGUGUUGAUCCAGAGCAUCACAAUGGCAAUGGUGUUGUUUUCCACUCAGAACACAUUGAGAGAUUCCUGUUUGCUGAGUUGGACCUCUGUACUUGGGCAGCUAACAAGCACCAGAACAAUUAUCAUUCUUGGAAUCACAGAUUAUGGGUCAUACAGCAAUUUGCAACAUAUGUGGGACUUGUGGAUGUUUGUCGAGCAGAGUAUGAAGAAAGCCAUAAAUGGAUAAGUGUCCAUGUUAGUGAACACAGUGGACUUCACUACUUGCAGUAUCUACUUGACUCAAUUGUGUCACUUGUAAAUGAAUCUAAAGUUGAGAAUGUAAGUGAAAUUGUCCCAUAUGUGAACUCAGUCACAAAACUGUACCAGAGGGAGCUGGACUUUAACCGAGACCUGAUUGAAGAAUAUGAAGACCAUGAGGCACUCUUCUGCCACCGGCGUUUCUUGCUAACUCGCCUGAGAGAUCUCCUGUGCUCCUCACCCCAAAGAACAUGUUCCCCUCCACCGCCAGCACUCAAGAGGUCUUGUGUUGAAACUGUUAACAGUGAGUGGAGUUCAGUCCUUCUUGGAGAACACUUUCUGAUAGAGAAAUGUACUCAGAAGAAAACAUAUCAGAAAACCUUAGGAGAGAAGCAUGCUCAGUGGUUAAAUAAUGUCAUAGGCAUUUGAUUCCCUGUAAUGAAGUAGCUAAACAAAGGUUGUCAUUUUAGGCUGCAAGUAUAUGCAUAGUAAUUUUCAUAUUUUUAUAGGAUUUGUAAGGCAUAUCCAUAUCUCCUUCAGAAAAAAAUCUCCACAGAAUUGAUUGCUAUGCUGGGGAAAUGGUUUUUAGGUACAGUAAUUUUUACAAAUAUUGCAAAAGCUUACAAUCUUAGAAAGACCGGUAUUGAGUUUAGGAGAGAAAGAUUUAUGUGAGUAUGAGCAUCUUGUAAAUCCUAUAUUUAGAAAAAAUAUAUAUAUUUUUUGUUCAUGAAUCUUCCAGAUACUCCAGAUAUACAUAUGCAAAAGAUCAUAAACAAACAAAACUAGAGAAGUUGGCAGAUCACAGUUUUUAGUAGAUAGAGUAAAUGCAAGACAAUAUGUACAGUAUAUUUUUUAUAUAGUUUUAAGUCUGUACAAUUCCUGUAUUUUAUGUCUUGUAGUGUUUUAUUUAUUGGGUAUUUAUUUCCUUUUGUUGUAUACCACUAAAGAGUAUGAGUAAUAUAAAAUAUUUAGCAGUUGUUAUUGCUGAAUUCCAGUAUUUCUUACCUCAGAAAUAAGGAAAAAGGAGAAAGGAAGAAAAAGGAAAGAGGGUCUAACAUUUUAUAACAUUUUACAGGAGAUAUUAAUCAGAAAAUAAUAUGCUUUUGGUGGCAACUUUCUACAAAACUUUACCUACGAAUGAAAUGUAACAAGAAAAGAUUUUUCAGUCAAGCACUAAAGUAUUUUUCUGAAAACAGUAUUCUGAUAAUUUGCAAAAUAUAGCUUGCAUUUAACCCAGUCAUGCUGAGGGGCAUUAGUGUGUGUCGCUCCAUGCCCAGGAGAUUUUGCAGCUCUUGGCUGUGCUCACAAGCUGUCUAGAAAUGGGCUCAUGGUGUGAAUAGGUAUCGCCCGGGAUUUUUUGCCAUGACAUGUAAGGAUGUCACCUGUCGUAAGUGGGUUAAAGCAAGUUAACUGAAUUACUUUGUGCAGAAAUAGAUGUACACUUACAUUUUUGAUGUUAUGAUAUCACUUAGAUACAUGAUUUAUCAAAAAGUGGAGAUGGGGAAUAAUGGCUAAAGAAUGACAAAAACAUGACUAAACUUUGUAAUCAAUUUAUCGCUGAUGUAUGCUUAUGAUAUCAGAAGACAAAAAGUAAUUCAAAACACAUAAUUGUAUAAUAUGUAUGCAGCUGUAAAUUAGAUCAUUUCAUAUAGUUUGUCAGAAAAUUCCCAUUUAGGGUAAAAAAGAAAUGAAAAAAGAAAAAAAAAUACUGGAGAGGGUGAGACCUGUAAGUAAAGACUGCAUUCCUAAUGUGCUUGCCUUAAUGAAUAGUUUACUUGACAAAUGUAUAGUCAUCAUAUUGGGAAAAAGUAAUGUUAGGAAUAUCUGCAGAUGAAAAAAGAAAUGAAAAUUCAAGAAUGUAUUAUCUAUGAGCUCUGCUGUUAUGAUGACUUUUUUGUGAUAUUUUUGUAUAGAAAUGUAUCUCCAAAGUAUUAUAUUUUCCAUAUUGUAAGAA